GAUCUUCUCUGUGCUCUCUGCCAUCCUGUACCUGGGCAACGUGACGUACAGCCAAUCAGAAAACGGCCAGGGGCUGGAGGCGGGGCCAGCAGAUGUCCUCUACACCCUGUCUGACCUCCUGGAGGUCAAACAGGAGUUGCUGGUGGAGGCUUUGACUAAGAAGAAACAAAUGACGGCCAACAACACCGUAGUUCUACACUACACUCUCGAUGAGGCUGUGACAGCACGGGACUCGAUGGCCAAGUCUCUGUACAGCUCUCUGUUUGAUUGGAUCGUCCUGCACAUCAACCACGCUCUGCUCAACAGACGAGACAUGGAGGAGGCCGUCUCU